AUGUGCCAUACAGGCAAGACGGCGACAGCCACGGCUGUAAGGCGGCACGCCAUCUUUACUCGAAAGGAGAUUGAGGACCGCGUUAAGCAGGGAGAGAUUUUGGUCAUUAUCAACAGCAAGGUGUACAACUUGACCAAGUUUAUCAACCACCAUCCGGGUGGUGACUUGGCGAUUUGGCAUAUGGCGGGCAAAGACGCAACGGACGCGGUCCUUGCGUACCAUCCUGAACCAGUGAUAGAGAAGCGUAUGCCACAUUUUUGCAUCGGGGAGUUAGCACCGAAUACUCAACAUGCCAGCAAACUUUCUCUGGCGUAUCGAAGACUGGAUGCAAAGUUGAAAGCCGAAGGAAUGUAUGAAACAAAUUACUGGUUUUACGUUCGUGAAGCCGUCAAAAUGUUGGCAAUCUGGUUUGCGAUGAUCGGACUAGUUGUCUGGGGUCCGCAGCACUGGAUGACAUACGCGGCGAGUGCAUUGUUGGGUUCGACCUUGUGGCAUCAAGCAGCGUUUGUAGCGCACGAUGCCGGCCACAGCGGAAUAACACACGAUGCCAAAACCGACAUGAUCCUUGGAAUUUGCCUAGGAAACUUCCUUGGUGGACUCAGUCUUGGAUGGUGGAAACACAACCACAAUGUCCACCAUAUUGUCACAAACGACCCUUCACACGAUCCCGACAUUCAACACAUGCCAUUCUUUGCCAUCUCUACCAAAUUCUUUCAAAACCUCUAUUCCACCUACUACAAACGCGUACUGAACUUUGACGCUGCCGCGCAAUUCUUCAUAUCCAUCCAACAUCAUCUCUUCUACCUUAUCCUGUGCUUUGGCAGAUUCAAUCUCUACGUUCUCGGAUGGUCAUAUGUCCUUCGCAAAGGCCCGGUUCCCCACCGAAAACUGGAAAUUACAUGCAUGUCCCUAUUCUGGGCAUGGUUCAUCCCGCUGCUGUCUUAUUUACCUAAUUGGAAAUAUCGCGUAGCCUACAUUCUCUUGUCACACAUGAUGACCGUCUUUUUACACCUGCAAAUUACGUUGAGCCAUUUUGGAAUGGAGGCUCAAGAGAAUCCUCAGGACGAUUUUGCGGCGAUGGCCUUGAAAACCACGAUGGAUGUCGAGUGUCCUAUCUGGAUGGAUUGGUUCCAUGGGGGAUUACAAUUCCAAGUCGAGCAUCACCUGUUUCCCCGCCUCCCUCGCCACAAUCUCCGGAAGAUCCGUCCGCACGUUCUAAAGUUAGCCAAGGACCAUAAUCUACCGUUCCAUAGCUACGGCUUUAUCAAGAGCAAUCAAGUCGUUUUGGCUGUUUUACAAAGUGUAGCUCAUCAAGUACGAGCCGUGUUACGGGUGGAUCCGAGGACGGCGCAUGCCCAUGCCCUCUGA